AUGACGAUCUGUACUUAUAACGCACGCACGCUUGCAUCGGAAGCGGCCAUCGAAGAUCUGAUGGUGCAAGCCAAGAAGAUCAAGUACGACGUCAUCGGACUGACCGAGACGAGACGACGUCACUCUCUCAACGCUGUAUUUGAAACUGGAGAAGAACUGUUCUUAGGAACAUGCGACAGUAGAGGUGUUGGUGGAGUUGGCGUCCUCGUCAACACGAGUAUGGCACAGAACAUCGACUCUUUCGAACAACUCACGACCCGAAUCGGACGUCUGUGGAUGAGAAGAUGUGGUCCCACACCGGCUUUGACUAUCUUCGUCGCUUACGCUCCAACAUCAAGCUACGAAGAAGAAGAAGUCGAAGCUUUCUAUAUGGACCUGGAGAAGUUCUACCGAGAAGAUCAUGCCUUUUACAAGGUCAUAAUUGGCGACUUCAACGCCAAAGUUGGCCCAAGAAGAACGCCGGAGGAACUUCACAUCGGGACCCACGGCCUAUAA